GAGUAUUCGGUAUUGCCCAUCCCUUGAGGAGGGAUUGCUGUCUGUUUACGCCCCGUUCUCAUUUUGCGCAUGCGCGGAGCUUGUGCCUGGAGACGCUUUCUAAAGAGAAGAAGAUGGCCAGAAGCACCGAGUUCAUGGAGGACCUCUGCACUCCGGCUUUCGUGGUGGACCUGGAUAUUGUGAAAAGGAACUCGGAGGCAAUGCUGGAGCGCUUCGCAAAGCUCGGGGUGCAGGUCCGACCUCACAUGAAGACCCAUAAGACAAUUGAGUGUGCUGACAUCAUGACCAGGGGGUUACGGCGGUGCAUCGUGGUGUCCACCCUGGCUGAGGCUUCAUUCUAUGCUGAUGGUGGUUAUGAUGAUAUCCUCUACGCAUAUCCACUAACCCCUGAGAAAGUAAAGCGCUGUGCAGAGUUAUCAGAGAGGCUUUCUUUGUUCCACGUGCUGGUGGACAACACUGUGGCGCUGCAGGAGCUAAAGAAGAAACCGCUGAAGCAGGGCAAAGUCUGGCACGUGUGGCUGAAGCUGGAUUGUGACACGGGUAGAGCGGGUGUUCCUCACUCGGAUCCUGCUGCUCUGCAGCUAGCCAAGGAAAUUUCUGGCGCAGAAGGGGUGGAGCUUACAGGAAUCUACACCCACUGUGGAAACACCUACAAGUGCGAGGGGGAGCUGCAAAUCAAGGCGGUCGCUCAGGAAACGACAAGUCUGGUGUUGCAGUUUGUGGAGAAGCUAAAAGCUGUCGGGAUCCAGGAUGUGAAAUCGAGCAUUGGCUCCACCCCUUCGUGCAGUCACCCAGUUUUAGACAUGGCUAUGCUGAGUGAGGUCCAUCCUGGAAAUUAUGUCUUUUACGAUGCACAGCAGUCGCUUCUUGGAUCCUGCACACUUGAAGACGUUGCGGUACGGGUGCUGACGAGGGUCAUAGGUCAUUACCCGCAUAGGAACCAGCUCUUGGUGGAUUGCGGGUGGACCGCACUGAGUCAGGACGGAGCAAACCGUUUGCCAACAGGCUAUGCGAUUUUCGAGAACCAUCCAGAGCUUAAAUUGGUGUCGAUGACUCAGGAACACGGCGCUGUGGAACCUGUAUCUGGAAAUCUGGAUUUCAGUCAGUUCCCUCUGGGCUCCAUGCUGUCCCUCAUACCUUACCAUGCUUGUGCUACAGCGGCGAUGCAUCCCGUCUACAUCGUCCAUUCCAAAGGAAAAGUUGUAGGCAACUGGAAACCAACACGUGGAUGGUAACCUACAGGAGGAAAAAAAAAAACAUUUAUGAGGAGUGUUUAGGAAUCAUUUAGCUUUUAAAACCUCCUCAAAAUGAAUACCUGGUCUCACUAAUGCUCUUCCAGAUCAAAGUCAAUUGGCUUUAUACUCAUUUAAACCACACACAGGAGCAAGGUUUUAUAUAAAUGGCUUUAUUAAAGCAAUAAAUUCUGAAUCAGCACAUUGGCCACCCCCAAAAUCUGGAGAUGAUUCUACUAAAUCUGGACAGAGAUGUUCAACCAGCACCUUUAGGUAUGAAUUUCAGGUGUGCAAUCUUUUGGUCAUGUAGUGUAUGACUAAAUGUAAGUAUUAUUACGCAUUCGAAAAUUAAUCUCGGGCAACUAUGCAAAAUCCCGUCCUGUUUUAACACGGACACCUUUUCACUUGUCAUUCUAACGGUUUCAAUCAAGAAUGUUUUUAAUGAGCUGUGUUUGAUUUUUAUUGCCUAACUAUAGAAUCUGAAUGCUCUUAUGCCACAUUUUUUAAUUUACAAAUGUGAUCAGUAUAAUUUUCUAAUGUAGAAUUUGGUGUAAAUAAAAAGCCAGAAAAUGCA